ACUUUCAGGAGCGUCGGGGGUGUAAAUCCACUCACUCAGCGGCCGUACGGUGUGGGCGGGUAAGGUGGCGGAGUGGUUGGGAAGGUGGUGGGGGUGAUGCGCAGGCUAAGCAGCGCACGCUAGCACCACUCCACCCACUCAUCCCCCCUUCCUCCAAUCCCCUUUUCUUCACACCUUCCUCCACUCCCACCUCCACCCAUCAUGCCAACCACCUUCAUCUCCAUCUCCAUUUCCAUCUCCACCUCCACCUCUUCUUGUCUCUCUCCUCCACCACCACCACCACCACUUUGCUAUCCUGCGCUUCCUUAUUCUACGUCCCCAACCCCAUGUCCGCUCCUGCUCGCAAGUUUCCGGCGCCCUGCUGGACCCACGACGAAACCGUAGCCCUCAUCGACGCCUACCGUGAAAAAUGGUACUCUCUCCGCCGCGGCAACCUCCGUGCCGCCGACUGGGACGCCGUUUCUGCCGCGGUCUCCCUUCGCUGCCACCUUGCGGCGCCCUCCAAGACCUCUGUCCAGUGCCGCCACAAGAUCGAGAAGCUUCGCCAGCGCUACCGCGCCGAGAAGCAGAGGUGCGUCGCGUACCCUGGAGGAUUUUGCUCUUCUUGGGUCUUCUUCGCCAACAUGGAUUCUAUGGAACAUGGAUCCAACCAGAGUCAGACUUCAGAUGAUCCGAACCCUAAUUUUGAUUUCGAUGGUAACAAAUUUCAUUUGAAAAGUAGCCCUAAUCCUGGCUUUGACGAAGAAGAAGGGUGUGGCUUGAAAUCCGUUGGUGAUGGGAGUUUAGUGCCUCCAGGGCCUAGAGCAAAUAAUUGUGGCAAGAUUAAUGGGUAUUCUAACAUUAAUCUUGUUUCUGAUGCUGGAGGUGGAUUUCUUGUGAAAGCACCGGUUGGUAGGAAUUUAGAAUCUUUGGAACUCAAAUCGAAAGUUUAUAGUAACAGUGAUGGGAAUGUGAAAGCAAAACUUGAUUUCAACCACUAUGAUGAUGAUAGGAUGGAUGCAGGAAGAAGGUUCCGCCUCAAAAUGCAAGGUGUUGAAGAUAUGAUACUUUCAGGUAUUAGGUCAAAGAAUUAUGGCAUGAUAGAUGGAAAUUCCAAUUCAAAUCUUAGUGAUGAUAUUAAUGGAGAUGGGUUUUGGAUGAAAAACCCAAGGGGUCGAAAUUAUGCUCAUAGUAAUUCAAAUCCAAAGCUUGAUUCUAGGGUUUUGAAUGGCCGUUCUGGGUCAUUAAGAUUAGGUUUUGGGAAGGAGAGUGGGGUUAGAGGGAUUAAGAGAGAGACAGAUCCAAUUUCAGAGAUGGUCUCAUCAAUUAGGUUGUUGGGAGAAGGGUUUGUGAAGAUGGAGAAGAUGAAGAUGGAUAUGGCUAGGGAGAUUGAAAAAAUGCGAAUGGAGAUGGAGAUGAAGCGCAGUGAGAUGUUGCUGGAGUCUCAGCAACAGAUUGUUGAUACUUUUAUGAAGGGGUUUUUGGAGAAGAAGAAAAAGAAGGCGAAGAUGGUGCCUUCUGAGUUCUGAUGCCUAGGACAUGCAAGAGUGGGACUUCUUAUUUCUGGUGUCAAUGAAGUUCUGUGGAAAGUUCAAGUUCCAAGAAAACAAGAUUUCUAUGAUCCUCACACAGAGAUAUGGGCUAGCAGGUUUUGAGAUCAUGUAAGUUUCUGUGAAUUUUCACUUCCUCCCUUGUUCUGACUCAUCUGAGUAGACUAUGUGACUUGAUUUGGUAUAUGAAAUGAAUCUUCUUCUUUUUUCUUCUUUUAUCCCUUAA